CUUUGUUUGAUAAACAUUUACAAAUUUCCAGGUUUUUUGGUGUUAUUUAUUAAAUAAUGAAUAUUUUAAUUUUGCGUAAUGUAUAAUUUCUUCGAUGUAAUACAUUUUUUUUUAAUUGGUGCUCUUACAUUCGUGGCCGGUAGAUAAGGAAAUUUUGACAAUUGUGGUGACAAAUUUACUGUAGUAUUGUAAGUUAAGUUAAAUAAUUACAAUGACAUCUCUAUUUGAUCAGUAUGAACAAGAUUCCCAAAGAUUUGUUUCAAAUGUGAAAGAAAAGAAUUCUAUGAUAAAUUAUCCUCAAAGUGGCGAAAAACCAAUAUUUCAGAAAAACAGAAUUAGUUUUGAAUUUUCAGCACUUAUUACACAUUUGACUAUUUGUAAUGAGUAUCUAGUGUAUGUUACAUCGAAUAACAUUCUUCAUAGAAUUGAUUUAAAAACACAAAAUAAACAACCUGAAAUAGAACUGAAUCGUAUUGUACCUGGAGUGAAGUUGACUGGAUUAUUUCUCAACCCUACUGCUGACCAUCUAUUGAUUGGUUUUUCUACUGAGUUAUUGUAUUUGAAUAAAAACAUUCCCAAACCUAAACCUACAAGUAAAUUGAGAGGUCAUGAAAUAACUGCUGUUGGUUGGAAUUUGUCUCCUGAUACAUUCGGAGACCUUAACACUAGGCCUAUCCUGUUAGGAACUUCUAGAGGUAUAAUUUUUGAAGUUGAAAUAAGGCCUGACGAAGGAUUGUUUACUUCCAGCAUUGAAUCUUAUUGUAAACAGGUUUUUGAUUUGGGUAAAGGAACUCCCCAUGCGAUCACUGGACUCCAGUAUUAUAGAGUGGGAAGGAGCGAUCGCUACUUCGUAAUAGCAACUACUGUCGAUAGACUGUUUAAAUUCUUUGGUAACAACUCUGGUCCAGAUGAAAGGCCCCUUCUCCAGCAGUUAUUUAAUAAAUAUCUUGGACUUCCCGAAGGAUUUCAAGAGAUACCCAGCUCUCUUGAUUAUUCAUGUUUGCAGAUCUUCACUGCACCUGGAAAAACUACACCAUCUUCACUCGGUUGGCUGACAGAAACUGGGAUAUAUUAUGCACAAAUUGAUCCAACUAAUGACGAUUUACUUCUAACUGGCACAAAAAUGUUCAACUUUCCAGAUACUGAUCCUCCAACAGCUUUUCUGAUGACUGAUUUUCAUAUCCUUCUUCUUUAUCCUUAUUACAUUUCAGUUAUAUCAUCACUCACUGAACAGUUGGUUUUUACUGAUUACUACAAUGAAAUGCAUGGAAGACUUUUGAAUAUAAUUAGAGACCCGAUUAAAGGUACGAUUUGGGUAUAUGCUGAAAAGGCUGUUUUUCGCUAUAAAAUAAAUAAUGAAGAAAGAGAUGUGUGGCAGAUUUUUGCUAAUAAAGGUGAUUACAAAAUGGCUAAGUAUUUCUGCAGAGAUAAUCUCGAGAAUUUGGAUAAAGUUCUUAUCAUGCAAGCUGAGGAUUACUUUAAAAAGAAACAGUUCAAAGAAAGUGCUCUAUGCUAUGCUGAUACUCAAGCUCCGUUUGAAAAAGUUGCAUUAGAAUUUUUAAAGUGUGAUGAUGCUCCUAAAUAUAUGAUCGAAGAAGCUCUAAAGGCUUUUUUAAAAGAGAAAGUGAAAAAAGUGCGUGGCGAAGAUCAAGCCCAGAUGACAAUGCUCGUUCUUUGGUUGCUUGAACUAAUCCUGCGUCAGCUGAGCAAUCUGAGAAUCAGGGGUCUUCAGAACGAGGAUCAAUACAUUCUUGUUCAAGCUGAAUUGGAUGAAUUUAUCACUGAUAACCAUAUUAUGAAAUGCAUCCGCAGCAAUAAGAGAGUUGUUUAUGAUCUUAUGGCUAGCCAUGGUGAUGAAUCUAACAUGGUUAAAUUGGCUAAGUUAACAGAAGAUUACAAGAAAGUUAUCGAAUAUUUUAUCCACAAAGGAGACUAUUUACAAGCUUUAGAUACUUUAAAAGAACAGUCAGACGCAAAUCUUUGGUACACGUUUGCCCCUGAAAUAAUAGACACUGAAACUAAAGCAAUGCUGUCUGCGAUAAGGUGCCUAAGAAAGCCUCUAGAUCCUCGUCAACUUCUUCCUGCAUUAGUUGCAGCUGAAAAUAGUCAGCCUGAAGAGGUCAUCAGAUAUUUAGAAUAUUGCACAAAUGAUCUGCUUACUCAAGAACAAGCUGUGCAUAAUUUUUUCCUGACACUUCUUGCUCAGUACAAACCUGAGAAAUUAAUGAUUUAUUUAGCUAUACAAGGUGAAGAAAAAAGUAUGGUAAACUAUGAUAUCAGAUAUGCAUUCAGAGUAUGCAAGCAGUAUGAUAGACGAGAAGCAUGUGUCAAACUGUCUUCAAUGCUGGGGUUAUGGGAAUCGGCUGUAGAGUUAGCGCUGUCUGUCAGUGUACAGCUGGCCGUGCAGACUGUAUCUCAGCUCCAGUCAUCCAGGAAGCUGUGGCUUAAGAUAGCAAAACAUGUAGUGGAGGAGCAGAAUAACAUAUCUCAAGCUAUGCAGUUUUUUAGCCAAUCAGAUCUGAAGAUAGAAGAUAUACUGCCCUUCUUUCCAGACUUUGUUACGAUAGAUCAUUUUAAAGAUGCUAUCUGUUCGUCUCUUCAGGAAUACAAUCAACACAUACAAGGUUUAAAAGAAGAUAUGGAAGAUGCUACAAAAUCUGCUGAAGACAUCCGGAAUGAAAUCCAAACUUUCAGAAGCAAGUAUUCUGUUAUCCUGUCGUCAGAUCUUUGCUGUAUUUGUGAUAUCCAAUUGCUGUUAAGGCCUUUUUAUUCAUUUCCCUGUGGUCACCGUUUCCAUAGUGACUGUCUCAUGACUGAAAUUAUGCAACUACUCCCAGAAAAAAAGAAAAAUGUCUUGGAAUUUUUAAAGAAACAUCUGGAAUCAAAUCUAACUGAAACUGAAAAAGAGAAAACGAGAUUGGAAAUAGAUUCUAUUCUUGCUCACCAGUGCCUCUUUUGUGGAGAUCUAAUGAUUGAUUUAAGAAGACAAGAGCUCAUGAGUUUAUCCAAGUUGACGUUAAAUUUUUUCAACGUUUCCUCAUUCAUCACUAGCUCUCCCAAGAACAUGCAUCCUAAAUAUUUUACAGUAUCAUCUGUCUUUGAUGUGUGGAUUACUUCUCUGUUCUCAAGGGAGUUAAUCAUUUUUUAGAUUACAGCAAUAUAAAAAUUAAAAUUUUUUAUAUAUACCAAUGCUUAUAAAAAUAAAAAUGUCUUUAAUGAAAUAUAGUGGUCUUCUUUGUCAGUGAUACUCUUGUCGGAAUAAAAAUAUUUUAUUAUAAUAAAAUAAAUAAUUAAAAUAAACAGUCAUAAAAGGAAAUGAUUAAUAAAAAAAAAACAUAAAUAUAAUACAUUAAAUGGCAAUGAAAAACAUAUGGUAAUAAAUUGUAUUAAAUAAUAUUUCUAACCGUAUGUAAUUUUUACUUUCUUUUCCCUUUGUCUGAAAACUUAUUUCUACUAAAAAAGGCUGAUAAGUGAAAGUUGUGUGAUUCACACACCACAGUAGAUAGAUUUUAUUAAUGCACAGUCCUUUUUUAUUCUAAAGGGACUUGUCGCAGUAUGUAUAAGGAGUAUUAUUUUAAUUUUAUAUGUUUACAUUUAUCCUUUUAUGUUAAUUUAAUUUUAUGUUUCAGAUUGAUCGACAAACCGUUUAUUUCAGAAGAGGAUUAUGAAAGGAUUAAGAAGGAAUGGGAAUAAUUAAUCUGUUUAAGAAUCUCAGUAAUUCUAGAGAGCGUAAUUAAUUUUGUCUCUCAUAACUUGCGACUCAUGCACGGGUUCAAAUUUGAUUACAAAAAUAUUUAUGUUACCCAAAACAAAAAUGAGUAAGAGUUAGAAAAAAAAAAGAGUGUCAUUAUUUUUUAAUGUAUAUACAUUGUUAGAAAAUAUAUAAUUAUUCAAAAUCACUUCAAGAUAAAAUGGUAUAGUUUAUUGAGGUGUCAAAUAAAUUUGUAUUUAAAAGAUAAAAAUAAAUUAUUAACAUAUUGAUUAUAUUUAUUAAUAAAAUAAUGAAAAAUAUGUUAUUGUUUUCUUUAAAUUUAUUCAUUUAAUUGUGAAAUAUAUAAAAUAUAUAUAAAAAAAUAUUGUCUAGUCAAUAUUAUAAUUCCAAUUAAAUCUGCUGCUUAUUGAAAUCAGCGAAGAUCACCUCUUGUCUGUUAAAGAAAAGGAUCGCCAAUCCAUGUGCUGGAUCCUAUAUGCAGUGUUAUACAAUCAACUGUAUAGAACUUUCAUAAACGUAUAGAGCUGAGCUGCUCAUGCACUGAAUUCCAUUAUGCGACCUUACAGUUGCUUUGAAUUAACAUAUUUUAUUUUUUAAAUAUUUUAAUUUCAUUAAAAAUUAAAUUUGAAUGUUACAAUAUUGAUUAUUAUAACCAAUUAUUUUCAAUUAUUUAUGUAUUUCAGUCCAUUUGAUGAACAAUAUGAUUUUUUAAAAUAAACAAUUUUUCCAUCUGUGAAAUAACAAUAUUACCCACUUACAAUUAGUUAGACUAAAUUUAUUGUAUCAAUGAAAAGCUCAUAACUCUAGUUUGGUAAAUUUUACAAGAAAAAAAUUAUAGUUGAAUGCAUGUAAAAUGUGAUGGAAAUUUAGGUCUUAUAAAGGUAUUUAAAGUUCUGUUUUUAUAAAUAAAGACUGACUUAAGUUAUGAGAUUUUGAUUGCCUAUCCUCGAUAUAACAAGUAGGGUUUGUGUAAUUUUGAUGGUCUUAAUGAAUUUUUGUAUUGAUAAAUAUAAUAAAAAAUCAUAACAAUUAUAUAUAUUAAAUGUAUUCUUUAAAGUUUAGCUCCAUUAAAAGUGCACUUCAAACACUGUUUUUAAUAGCCCACUUUUGCCAGAAAAUAAUUCCUGUUCAAAGUAGAGCAGUAAAUAAAAGUCAUGUGAUACGCACAACAGAUUUUUUCAAUUAUAAAAACGCUAAAAAUCCCACAUAUAUUAUUGCAG